AUGUUAUCGGAGGAAGUCUCGCGAAAAACUUCGAUAUUCUUAUUGGGAAAGACCUAUAUGGGACUUCAAGCUGAUAAUCAUUAUGUUUUCAAGGAUAUAGACAUCAACAUUUACGGAAAAUCUUUUAGUGAAAAAUAUAACCAGAUGAAGGAUGAGAAUCUUCAAUGCACAGGACGCGUAAUAGAAGAUGUUCUGUACGAGUCCACAUCAAAUUUUACGUCUGAACGGAUCCAAGUGUUUUUUUCCGCUGGAUUAGAAGAAAUGGACUCAACAAAUAUAAAGGAAGAUCCAGAAUUAAGUACCGAGUUUACAAGCAUCUCACAAAAUAUUAUGACAAGGUUGGUUGAAAAACAUAGUACGGGGAAUCAGAGAGCUCAUAAAAGAUGCUGGCUUUGGUAG